AUGGAUGCUGCUGUGGGUGCCAAGGACCUCACACUGCCUCCCGCAAAGGUGCUGUUUCUUGCAGAGGAGGCACAAGACUACGAGAGCGAGCGAGUAGCCUCCGUGUUCUACGCAGCAGAGCGUGGCGAUGUUGACAUGAUAGCUAUGCAGCUUGAGUUCGGCAUGAGCCCAAACGUGCGUGACGGCUAUGGGAGAACGCCUCUACACUUGGCGGCUCUCUUGGGCCAAUAUGAGGUUGCGCAGAAGCUCCUGGAGCAUGCAAAGUGCAACGUGAACGCGCUCGACGCCCAUGGUCGCACCCCACUGGGCUUGGCAAUGCUCGAGCAGAAGCUUGUGGUGCAAGAGCCAGUGCGAGAAGGCAAGCUGAAAGUGGCUGGGCUGCUCCGCAACAAGGGCGGAAGACAAGCUGCCUUGUACCAGAAAGAGUACCCGUCUGGCCCCGCGUGA